AUGGAUACAGGAAUUCACAGCGCCGGCUCUGCUGGAGGUGAGCUCAGGCUCACCAAUCGACUCAGUGAGAGUAGGAGUCCAUACGUUCGUGGACACAUGAACAACCCUGUCGCAUGGCAGAUGUGGGGGCCUGAGGCAAUUGCUCUGGCAAAGAAGCAUAACCGCUUACUCUUUAUCAGUAUCGGAUAUGCUGCCUGUCACUGGUGUCAUGUUAUGGAGCGCGAGUCCUUUGAGAACCAUGAAAUAGCCGAAGUCUUGAACUCUUCUUUUAUUCCCAUCAAGAUCGAUCGGGAAGAGCGCCCGGAUGUCGACCGUAUAUAUAUGAACUACGUUCAGGCCACGACAGGCGGCGGAGGCUGGCCGCUCAAUGUGUUUAUCACCCCUGAACUCGAACCUAUAUUCGGUGGUACAUACUGGCCUGGUCCUGAAUCCGCGACUGCCCAUGGCGACAACAUAGGAUUUCUAGGAAUUCUCGAAAAGAUUAGUGAUGUGUGGAAGAAUCAACAACAGAGGUGUCUGGACUCCGCAAAGGAGAUCACGGCACAGCUCCGUGAGUUCGCGCAAGAAGGGACAGUUAGCCGCCAGCUGGGCGAGGACGGUGAAGGCUUGGAGCUGGAGCUCCUGGAAGAAGCAUACGAUCACUUUGCUGCCAAGUUUGACAAGACGAGUGCUGGUUUUGGUGGAGCGCCCAAAUUUCCGACCCCAGUCAAUCUAUCCUUCCUCUUGCGCCUCGGCCAAUAUCCAGACGCAGUCGAGCAUGUCGUCGGCGAUAAGGAGUGUAACAACGCAAGAUAUAUGGCAGUCGAAACCCUUAGAGCGAUGACCCGCGGAGGGAUCCAUGACCAGAUUGGAAACGGCUUCUCUCGGUACUCGGUAACGCGUGAUUGGAGUCUUCCGCACUUCGAGAAAAUGUUGUAUGACCAAGGCCAACUGUUGCCGGCUUAUCUCGAUGCCUACCUGCUCACAGGGGAUCAAGAACUUCUCUCUGCAGCUUAUGAUAUUGCAACUUACCUAACAACGCCACCAAUGCACUCACCAAGCGGUGGUUUCUUCUCAGCCGAGGAUGCCGACUCACUCUACCGUCCCAAUGACAAAGAAAAGCGAGAGGGCGCUUUCUACGUCUGGACCUUGAGGGAAUUCAAGAAUAUACUUGGAGAACGGGACGCCGACAUAUGCGCGCGGUACUACAACGUCCGUGAAAAUGGCAAUGUCAGCCCCGAGCACGAUGCGCACGACGAACUCAUUAACCAGAACGUGCUUGCCAUAAGCUCCACCCCUGAAGCUAUGGCAAAGGAUUUUGGUCUUGCCAAAGACGUUGUCGUGAAGAUUCUUGAGGAUGGCAGGGCCAAGCUUCUGGAGCAUCGCAACAAAGAGCGCCCUCGCCCGAGCCUCGAUGACAAAAUCGUUGUCUCGUGGAACGGUUUGGCCGUCGGCGCACUUGCGCGCUUCAGUGCCGCAAUCGAGCCGACCGACCCCAAAAGGGCAGCCGAGUACCGUGGCGCCGCCGAAAAGGCCGUCGCCUUCAUCAAACGCGAACUCUACAACCCAGCCGACGGCACGAUGAAGCGCGUCUACCGCGAGGGCCCUGGCGACGCGCCUGCAUUUGCCGACGACUACGCCUUCCUCAUCUCAGGUCUGAUCGACCUCUACGAAGCCACCUUCGACGACAGCUACCUGGAAUUUGCCGACGCGCUGCAAAAGAAGCAGAUUGAGCUGUUCUGGGACGGCGUGUCCGGCGGCUUCUACAGCACCGGCGCGGACCAGGCCGACCUGAUUUUGCGCCUCAAAGACGGUAUGGACAACGCGGAGCCCAGCACCAACGGCACCAGCGCCGGGAAUUUGCACCGCUUGGGCUCGCUGUUCGAAGACAGCGACUACAUGGACCGGGCGCGCAAGACGUGCGAGGCCUUCGAGGCCGAGGUCAUGCAACACCCCUUCCUGUUCGCGGCCAUGAUGAGCAGCAUCGUGGCCAUCCGGCUGGGCAUGAAGAGCAUUGUCGCGUGCGGCGCAAGCGAGGAUGUGGAGAAGGCCGUCCUUAGGGUUAGGAGUCGUGUGGGCACCAACACGACCAUUGCGCGCCUUGGCGGCGGUAGCAAGUGCGAGUGGUUGAAGAAGAGGAACGCGCUCUUUAAGAGCUUGGAUGCGGAUGCGCCGAGGGUGCAGGUGUGCGAGAACGGCGUAUGCAAGGAGGAGCUGGAUAUGGCGGAUAUGGAAAAAGCGCUGAGAGAGGUGUCAUCGUGA